AACAAAAGAAAAGAUAAUAAUUGCAGUGACCAGUUAACAUUAACAUGACGACGGUCUCUCUAUUGGCGCCACCAAUUUCCCUCCUCCACCGUCGACCUUCUUCUUCUCCUCCAACUCUAACAACUCACUCUCACACCCACAAUUUCUCUAACCCCAUUUUCUCAAAUUCCUCAACCAACAAAAAAACUAUAGUCUUUGGUAUCAAUCCCAGUGACUCAAGACCAGACAAUCCUCUUUUCUUGGAUGAAAACAAUGCAGUGGUCGAUGACAUGGACGGUUACCUCAACAACCUUUCCCUCGAAUACGAAUCUGUUUGGGACACCAAACCAUCUUGGUGUCAGCCAUGGACAAUUACGCUAACUGGGGUUUCAAUAAUUUCCAUUAGCUGGUUAAUUUUCAACUCUAUCUUUGUAACUUCAGCUAUAUCCUUACUCAUAUUCGCAUGGUGGUAUAUCUUUCUAUAUUCUUAUCCUAAGGCAUAUUCAGCGAUGAUUGCUGAGCGCAGAGAAAAGGUUACAGACGGCGUUGAAGACACUUUUGGUCGUAGGAAGAAGCAGUAAUUUCAAUUUUACCCACUCUUCACUUGUGCUCAUCUUUCUUUCUGUAUGUCACAAAUUGUCUCUACUUGUAUUUUAUAAUUUAGUCAACAGAACAGUAGCUGUUAAGGCCUCUAUUCACAUUAUUUCUGUAAAUUAGCUUGGAGAUCAUAUGGUGAAAUGCUAGUCUUGACAAAUAACACUUCUCUCACACUUUAUGUAAAAAUGUUGGACUAGAAUUUCAAGCAAUCAAAAAACACUGCGGUCAACAAAUCCAUCUGAGAAAGUCAAAAUAUAAGUUGUUCAA